AUGACUUACAGGGAAAUCUCCAGGCCACAGAUGAAUGAAGAGGCCACCAUACCUCAGGAGAAGCCAGCUCUGAGCUUUAACCAUGCUGAAAAUGAACUGAAAGCAAAACUACCUCUUCCAGGUGUCUGCUUCUCCCUUGACUCGGGGGUGUUUGGGCCUAAAGUCCUGGGGCACGGGUUCGCAACAGCAAAAUUCGAAAACAAAACCACUCACCUGCAAAGAGGCCACCAGCAGCAGCAGCCACCUCUCCUCAGAACCGCCAAGCAGCCAGCUCCUCCUACAACUCAUCACUGCCGCCGGCAUCGACGCUCUUUUCUAGCUCUGGAGCCAGAAGGGGCAGGUCCUAGAGCUCUGCCUAUUGGAGGGUCGAGCUGUCACUCAUUUGAGGCCUCGCCCCACUCCCGGGAUCAGGUCCGGGUCUUUUCCGCUUCCCAAAGCCAUGGGGUAGAAGGCGAGGCUUUGAUUGGCUCUCUGCGGAGACGAGCAUACUCUCAGACCAGUAAAGACCUGACUUCGACGCCGAGGGGCGGGCCUGGGCCUGGGGAAGUAGAAAAAAACAAAGCCGGGAGCAUCGCCGCGGCGAUAGAAAACCUUUGGGCUUGGGUAGCGUUUAAACCCUUGAGGUGCUGCUGGAAAGCGAUUCGGGUCACAAAUGAACUGUCUGCCAACGUAGAGAAGUGUCCGUGGAAUCCUGGAAGUGAUGAGGGUCACGAAUGGCAUUUUCUGGGAGCUGAAACAGAACUUCGGAAAAUCUGGAAACUUCGGAAACUACCUACCUAUGAAGGGGCUUCCCCAAAGCCUGGGAUCCAUGAACCCCAGAUUAAGAAUCCCUCGAUGAAAAUCUUAUAGAAAGUUCACAGUGGAGAGUAAGUGGCAGGGAAGGCAAGAGGGGCAUUGAGGAAUAUGGUGUGUCCACUUCAGGCAAGGAGUAGCAACAUCCAGGAUGUUUUCCUGCCCUAGGAAGAUACACGUGAAGCCGCAAAGUACCAGGUAUGUGGACAUCAUCUGCCUAGUAGAGAUGCAUAGGGGAAGUUACUGGAAGGUUGGAAAUAGCUGCUUGGGGGCGCCUGGGUGGUUCAAUCAGUUAAGUGUUUGACUCUUGAUCUCCACUAAGGUCACGAUCUCACAUUUAGUGAGUUUGAGCCCCGCGUGGGGCUCUGCACUGACAGUGUGGAGCCUGCUUGGAGUUCUGUCUCUCCCUUUCUCUUUGCCUCUCCCCUGCUUUCACUCUCUCUCUCAAAAUAAAUAAAAUAAACUUAAAAAAGAAAGAAAAAGAAAAUAGCUGCUUGGCUUGAGAAAACCAAAUAUUUGGAACUCUAUCAUAUUUAAAAUAUAGGCCAACCAGUUCACGGUUGUAAUCUCCAGUCCAUCCUCUAUAAUCACCAUUAAUGAUGUGUAAACUUCAAAUCCAUUCAAAUAGCCUUUUAUAAACCAUGUGUCAGGAAGUGUGGAAGAGGAAAAAUAUUAUUGAAACAUGGACACUAACACAGGAGCAUUCAUUUCUAAAUGGAGAAUGUAAAUGGCCCUUGAUAAAACCUGGCCCUGGAUUCUUUGACCUUCAACUUAAACCUCUCUCUUCAGGACAUUUUCAGGUACACAAAACCAUAGCCAUGCCUUUGGAAUCAAUCCUCACUUGAUAUUCCUUCGUGGUCAAGAUUUCAAACUCUGAAAUUCUCUUAGACUACAAGCCCUUAUUCUUCUGUAAUUCUCACACCGAUUAAUUUUUUCCCCUUUAUUCUCAGCGUGAACCCCAGACCCGUUGGAUAUUCAUAUCCAUAUAGUCAGCUCUCUUGGUUUUCACUUGCCUCUUUCCUAGCCUCAAUGCCACAGGCAUGUAAAGCAACCAAGGACCACUAGGUGGCAGCAGAGUCUUAACUAAACUGUCCCCGAGCUUGGGCCCCAAGAUAAUUGUUAUUAAUCACUGGAGCCUCAAGUUUAAGGAAGAAAUGGAAUUAAACAAAUGGUAGAGAACACAGAGAGAUACGUUGGCUGGGGACAAGAAGAUCUUGAGCCUCCACAUAAAUGUAAACCAGAGAAGUGGCUGAACCUAAGCAACGGGGGAGGGGGGUAGCGGGACACUCCCAGGUUCAUUGACUGUAACCAUUUCGUACCUAUUCAUGUGGCCAGUCUCCCUCUGCUUUGAAACACUCGCUGCCUAACUUCUCUGAAGCACUUUCUAUUUCAGGGUUAGUGACUUAAUACCAGUAAGCCUCCUGGAAUCUUUUGCUCUUAACUGCCUUGCUGAUCCCCACUGCUAAGUAGCCAACUCUCUUGCCUCUCUCCUUCUGGGUAGCCAGGUUCUCCUACAGAAAGUUGCAACGGUCUACACAUUACUCAACUCUGCAUCCAUAAUUUGUAACCUCAGUGGUGACCUCAAGGCUGUUCACCUUUCCUUUUGUCCUUAGUUAACUCCUUGGGGCAUCGCUCAUAGACACAAUUCUAAUCCUGCUCCACUCCCUGAAGUCCCUUUCCACAUUUCAGCUCCCCAGUCUCACAUCCUCCUUUAUCUAAGGACUGGGACCAUCCAUUCAGUCCUUCCCUGCAACCCCUGUCCACUGCAGAUUGAGCACAGGACCUACAGAGUCCUCCGUGGGACCUUCCUAGAGUUGGUGGGGGAAGACGUCAGGAAUGCCACCCUCUUCAAUACAAGUAAUAAAGCAAUACCCGGCAUCUCAUCUCAGAACCAAUUUGCUUCUCUGAAAGAUACUUUACGCUCUGCAUCAGCUCGGGCUGCUAUAAUAAAACACUGCAGCCUGGGAGGCUUCAACAAUUAACAUUUAUUUCUCACAAUUCUGGAGCCUAGGAGGUUCAAGAUGGAGGCACCAGCCAAUUCGGUAGCUGGUGAGCACCUGCCACCUUCUCAUUACAUCUUUUCAAGGUCUAUCCUUGGCAGGAUGUAUACAGAAAGAGAAAGAGAUCUCUCUCUCUUCUUGUUAGACCCCUUAUCCCAUCAGGAGGCCCUCACCCCGUCAACUAACCUAAACCCCACCUCCAAAUGCCAUCACGUUGGGGGUUAGGGUCUCAGCAUAUGAAUUUUGGGGGUGCACAAGUGUUUAGUCCAGUCCAGUUACAAAUGUUGGUGACUGGAGUGCUUCCUGACUUACAGGAAGAAGCCCUGGGCGGCAGCUUUUAUAAACCUCAUCUGCAAAGACAGUGAUUUCAAACUAUUCCCUAAAAAGUAACAAACUUACGUAAAAUAUAUUCUAUUCUGGCAGAUUUCCACUGACCUUGUCCUAUCCAAUGAUUUCUGAUUCAUUUGUUCACUCAUUCAGUUAAUAAAUACUUACUGACUUGAGCCAAGACUCCUAACCACGACAUGCUGCCAUAUACACAAAUGUGCUGAUGCAGCACUUUUGUGGCAGAUAAAGAAUAUUUUAAAAGAAGAAUCAUUCAUCCAGAAUUUGUCAGACUCUCCCUCCAGCACUGUGGAAAGAGAGUCCGCUCUCUGGCCAGCAGGCAUAUGCCAGUGUGCUCAGCUGUGAGUUCAGACAAAGAGUAAGUGCCUCGGGCUUAACUUUUUUUAUUAUAAUCACUGCUGAUAUUCAAGUAGUGCUCAAAGGCUUUUUAUCUAAUGGAAAGAUAAUGUGUGGCCAGCAGAUACACGCAUGUUCUAGUCUGCUUGACGGGCACAUCUCUGAGAACAGUGAUGUAAAUGAGAAUUCCAUCAUCUUCAUC